UAUGUUGUGCUGUGCGCCUCUGCUGUAGAGUCGAACUGCGCAGUGCCACAGCGCGAGGCGGACUGGCACUACAACCGAAAUAAAAAAUGGCAAUGGGUAAUUUUAUAUUUGCGCAAUGCAUCCUUUAUUUUUUAGCCUUCUUGUUUGGCUUCGUAGCCAUGGUACCUCUCUCAGAAAACACUGAUGAUUUUCGGGGUAAAUGCUUGCUUUUUACACGAGGUAUGUGGCAGAACGAGAACAUCACGGUGUCAAAGCAGCGCUUCAUCAUUGAGGAAUGGGGACCACAGUCCUCCUGCAGUUUCAUCACUGCUGUCGGCAUCGCGUCUCUCAUCCUAUCCGCUGUCCAAGCUUGGAGGUUGCUGUUCUUCAUCUGUAAAGGCCUCGAUGACUCAAUCUUCAAUGCCUACCUGAACCUGCUCAUCAGCAUAUUCACAGUGUUCGAGGUGUUCCUGUCCAGCACAAUAGUCAGUGUGGGCUUCAAUCUAUGGUGUGAUGCCAUCACAGAAGGAGGCAGUAUGCAAAGCAGCUGUGAGGAUCUUCAGGACACUGAUCUUGAACUAGGAUUGUACAACUCAGCUUUUUAUGACCAGUUUGCCAUAGCACAGUUUGGGUUAUGGGCAGCCUGGCUAACCUGGCUCGGCAUCACCGUCAUGGCCUUUCUGAAGGUCUACCAUAACUACCGUCAAGAAGAUCUGGUUGACAGCUUGAUCAAUGAGAAAGAGUUUCUACUUGGAUGCUUCUCUGAUGCGGUAGACAGCAAAAGUGGCAUGAUAUGAUUGAAACAACAUAGAUGUUACUAUUGAUAAUAACUGGAGUGUUACAGAGUGCUGAUUCUAGACCAGGGGUCACCAACUAGCGGACGAAUGCGGACCGCGAGAUGCGUCCGUCAGGACCUCAAAGCCUUUUGACAUAAUAAAUAAAUGAACGCCACAUUAUAUUCUAAUGCAAUCAAAUUUAUACCAGGCACAUCAAGGUCCGCUCAGUAGCAGUUUGGGUCCUACGGCACCACGGACAGUUAACAUAUGCGGCGCGCACUGUUGCUACGUUCAGACGUCGAUGAGUGAAGAGAGCCGAGACAUAGAGACAGACUCGCUGCACAGCGUGCAGACGUAGCUCUCAGUGACUGAAAAACAAUGUCCUUUUCAAAAGUUAGAAAAGUUGACGCCGAAAACCAUGUUUUCUGAGAUGAAUGGCUCGAGAGCUUUGCAUUUAUUCUUACUGCAUCGACAUGCACGAGACUGGUUUGUGUCAUUUGCUCGGAGUCUGUUGAGGUUGUCAAAAGCGGAAACCUUAAACGGCAUUAUGAAAUUAGACAGAGACACUUUGAAGAAACAUGCCCGCAGCAGUCCGAGGUAAGGACACGGAAAAUAUAUUAGCUCAAAGCCCAGUAGUAGCGUUCUACACGGGUCCUCCCUCACUCACUUACCGCCCAACAACCAGCAUAUGAAUGUUCACUAAAAUACAGUGGAUCUUAGGAAAACAUAACAAGCCCUUUACUGAUGGGAAAAUAGUAAAAGAGUGCAUGGAGGCUGCGUGUGAAACACUUUUAGAAGGAAAAUAAAGACAUGAACUAAAAGAAAAUAUUAAACAAACUUGCAAAUUCAGCUGCAACAGCCACAAGAAGAGCUGAAAUGUUAUCAGAGGAUGAUCAGUCACAACUUGAUGCUGCUAUUUGUUCAUCUCAGUUCAGCAGAAAACAACACUUUAGUUUUCUUUUAAAGUUGUUAAUGUUGAAAUGAAUUUAUAUUAAGUGCAGGUUUAGAGAUUAGGGCAUUUUGCACAUUUUCCUUGAUUAUAUUGUUGUCAGACAUUGUAAUGCCAUCGUAUAGAUAUGAAAAGACAUGUUUAUUUCUUUGGUCUGCCAAAAACCAUAAAUUCAUGUUUUUAGGUAUUUAAUUGUCCGGACCUCGGCUGGUAAGGAGGGUUCGUUUACUGGACCUCAAGCGAUUUUAGUUGAAGACUCCUGUUCUAGACAAACGAGAUGUUUCGUUGACAUAUAAAUCACACCCGCACAUCAGUUGAGCUCAACUCAAACCAAAUGCUCCUAGAAAUGCUACUUCUACAUCUACAAUAGCGAAUAUUUCUAGAAAUGCAUGUGCACUUGUUUUGAGAUACACAUUUACAAAUAGAGGUUACCACAACAUUUUUAUUAAGAUGCUGAAAACUACUGGUUUUACUCUAUGGUGUGUCUACAGUACAUACCUGUUAGAAUGAAUCCUUUGUGACAUACAAUCAAAGUCCAUUAUACUGUAAUGUAUUGACAAUUGUGUAUGUAACAAAAUGACUCUCGUAAAGCCUUCUAAAAGAGAAAAAAGACAAGCUUCCAGUUUUCCUUUCCAUUUGUACACAUUAGCUGAGGAGUUAGACUCUGUACAUUAUAGAGCUCAGGUAACACCACAGACACAUAAACUAUUUCAGGUGAUGUGUGUGAUCCAUGUAUGAAAUUAUUUACUGUAUGUUUCCUUUCUGUCAUUUAGUUGAAUAGCUGUUCCUUUCCAGUUUUGCUUCUUCAUGUAAGAAAAAAUAUAACAAUAUUUCCCUUUCUGUCGGUCUCUCGACGUUGUGUCGAACCGACAGAUUGGGGUCGUCUUGAGAACCUAUCAUCUUCUGAGUAUUUUGAAAAGGCCAAUGAAAAUUGGCGAAUGAAAUUUGCAUGCUGGACUCCUCCCCGGAUGUCCAGGUAUAAGAGGGAAUCCGGCGUGCUCAUUCAUUCACCGUUUGUUCUUCAGAGCCUGUGCAUCUGAUGAGUGACACAGCGAUCUUCAGUGAUCAAUAUUCUGCUGGAAUCUACGACGUGGUGCAGCGGACGGUCCCUUCCUGCAGUGACUCUCCCCUGGGCGUCUCGGCAGUUCCAGAGGUGUUCGAGCAAAUUUCCUUUUCUAAAAGAGCAAAUUUCUCCAGCGUGGCUUGUCCCGCUGUUCUCAUGGGUGAAACACACUCAUCGAGGAGGGGGACGGACACGAUGCCUGCUUCCAGUACGCUGGGGCAGACGUUGUGGAUGCGUCCUGCCCGCACUGCGGGCGGUGACGAUUCAGACGUUGCGUCACGGGUGGCUGUGUUCCCACGGGACUCAGCCACUACCUCGUUUGCUACGGCUAGCAGCGAGGGUGAUAUGAGGAUUACUGUGAGCGAUAAUCCGCCAGCCGCUGGCUCACGGACCGUUCGCACCUCGUCUCGCUCGUCUGAUCGUCCCCCAGGAGACGGUCCCACCGUUUUACUCCUCAAUCACAUAUUCGGACACGAUGCGUGAAGAUGAGGUCUUGCAGCAUCGGGGGGGUGACGUACUGCCAUCCAACUCCGACGAUUCCUUGGGCUCCCUCCCUCGGGGGGUCGAGCCCAGGAAGAAGCGGGCAUUGAAAUGUCAGCCAUGCUUUCCCGGGCCACCGUGAGUGUUGGGUUGCAGUGCACGCACUGCCUCUCCCAGCUCUCGCGGCUGGCUACAUGGCGCCUUGGGUCUGAGCGCGGCUCCAAGCCGCGCCCGCCCCCAGUGCCAUGUUUACCGGAGGUGCAUGAGGAACUUAGUAAGACCUGGAAACGCCCCCUUUCCGGCACGUUUCACGUCAAACAAAGUUCUGUCACCCUCUCUUCCCUUGAGGUUGCGACAGCUAGAGGAUACGUCGAUGUCCCCCAGGUGGAGUGUGCCGCCGUGGUGCACCCGUGCCCGUAGGCGGCGGCUACCUGGGGGGGGGGCUCGACCUAGACUCCCGUCCAAAGCAUGUGCGGUCUCGACAUCUCUGGUGUCGGGAGCUUACAUUGCGAUGGACCAAGCUGUCUCCUCUCUCCACGCUAUGGCUCCUGCCAGGCCAGGGCGUUGAGAGAACUCCACGGGGGUAAGACCGACCCAGCGCUUAUGCAGGAACUCUGUGCCGCCACCGCCCUCGUUCUACGGGCGACCAAGGUGACCACGCGGGCCCUGGGUCGGACGAUGUCCACAUUUAUGGUCCAUGAGAAACUCCUCUGUCCGAACCUUGUGCAGAUGAGUACGCCGAGAAGGUCCGCUUUCUCGACGCACCCGUCUCGCAAGGAGGGGGCUGGUUGGUGUUACUGUCGAGCCGCAGUUCUCGACAGUAAAGAAGCAGUCCUCCCGUGCCGCGAUUCGGCUGCCUCGGCCGUCAAGUCCCGUGCACCGUCUGCUUCCCAGCAGCCCUGGUCCUCUUCAACGCCCUCAAGUUCUGGCGCCCCCCCCCACAGGCGGCCCCCUGGAGGAGACAGCGAAGAGGAGACCAUCGCCUCAUCAGCAGCGGCGGAAGUCGCCCUCAUGGGAAGACCUCAGGGAGAUUGAGGCUACUAUUGGGCCCGACCCCAGCAACAUCGCUGGGAAAUCGGAUAGGGACGGAUCCUGCCCCGUCUCACCAUCUGCUAGCGCCCACUUACUCUCAAAAGAGAGUCUCCUCUCUCUCUGGGUUAUCACAGCUGCUCCCACCCUCGGCACAAGAGUGGAUGGCAACUCGACGUUGCGUCACGGCGAAGCGCAAUGUCGAGUAUAAACACCAGCCCUCAGCACUCUCAGUCAGACAGUGCGUUGAGCUGCGUAGUCGCCAGGCAGGAAAAACAGCAGAGCCGAUCUCCUCCCUGGGGGCCCUCCCCCGGCAAGGAAUCCGUACUGCUAGCCAUCGAACCUCCCCCCUGGGGGGACGAUGAAGAAGAUCAAACCUUUAGCCCCCCUGUCACAGUUCUGGGAGCCUGGCCGGGUUCCCAGACUGUCAGGCUGACUAGGGAAGACGAUCCGUCUCGGCUACGCGAUCCAGUCGCCCGCCCAAGUUCAGGGCAUCGUAUUUCCUCAGUCAGAGGCUAGGAUGCUCCCGUACUUUGGGCCGAGGUCGCCACCCUUCUGGCGAAGGGAGCGAUCGAGCCCGUCCACCAGCCGAGAUGUUCAACGGGUGUUGCAGCCCGUACUUCAUUGUCCCCAAGAAAGGCAGGGGGCUGCGCCCUAUCUUGGAUCUGUGUGUUCUGAAAAGGCACCUACACAAGCUGCCUUUCAGGAUGAUCACGCAGAACCGCAUCCUGACGUCCGCCAGGUGUCAGGACUGGUUCAUGGCAAUCGAUCUGAAGGACACGUACUUUCAUGUCUCGAUCCUCCCUCGACAUUGGCCGUUUCUACGGUUCGCGUUCGAGGGACGGGCAUAUCAGUACAGGGUCCUCCCCUUUGGUCUGUCCCUGUCUUCACGAGUCUUUAUGAAGGUCGUGGAAGCCACCCUCCUUCCCCUUAGGGAAGGAGGUGUGCGGGUACUAAACUAUCUCAAUGACUGGCUCAGCUUGGCGCACUCUCGAGAUCUGUUGUGUACACACAGGGACCUGGUGCUCCGGCACCUAGAUCGGUUGGGGCUACAGGUCAACUGAGAAGAGCAAGCUCUCCCCGGUGCAGAGCAUUCUCUUUCUCGGUAUGGAUCUCGACUCUGUCCUCAUGAGCGGCCCCGCCCAUCGGGGGGCGCGAGACCCGCGACGAGGAAGCCCGCACCCACGCGGCCUCCCGGAGGCAGUUCGACUGACUUCAGAGCGCGCCCGAUCAGUGUUGAACUGCCUGAAUCUCUCAGGCAGUCAGUGGUCCCCCUGAAACUAUUUCAGAGGCUCCCGGGAUACAUGGCAUCCUCGGCGGGGGUGGUCCCCCUCGGGUAGAUGCACAUACGACCGCUCCAACACUGGCUACAGAGUCAGGUUCCUUGGAGAGCGUGGCACACCGGCAGCAGGCGUAGGGUCAUCACGCUUUUCUGCCGACGCACCCUAACCCCUUGGUCUCCCAUGACCUUCUUGCGGACAAGGGUCCCCUGAGGGCAGGGGCCAGGCACGUCAUGGUGCGACGGAUGCCUCCCUGCAGGGUUGGGGUGCCGUGUGCAACGGGCACGCAGUGUCGGGGCGGUGGACGGGCCCCCGCCUGCGUUGGCAUAUCAACUGCCUAGAGUUGUUGGCUGUGCUACUUGCACUGAGGAGGCUACUACCUCUUGUGCAUGGACAAGCACGUGCUGGUCCGGUCGGAAAGCACAACUGCCGUGGCGUAUAUCUAUCGCGCUCACGGCAGCUAACACGACUCGCCCGACGCCUCCUUCUUUGGAGUCAGCAGGCGAUCAGCUCCCUGCGAGCCACACACAUCCCAGGCAUCCUGAACCAGACAGCCGAUGCGCUCUCUCGUCAGUUGACGCCUCGCGGAGAGUGGCGACUCCAUCCCCGCGCAGUCCGGCUCAUUUGGGAGCAGUUCGGCCAGGCACAGGUGGUCCUGUUUGCCUCCCCGGACUCCACCCAUUGUCCGCUUGGUACUCCCUGACCGAGGCACCCCUCGGCACAGAUGCCCUUGCGCACAGCUGGCCGCGGGACAAGCGGAAGUAUGCCUUCCCCCCAGUGAGCCUCAUUGCACAGGUCCUGUGCAAUGCCAGGGAAAAGGAGCAUCAAGUGGUAAAAGUUACGCCCCAUUGGCCUAACCAGGACUUGGUUCUCGGAGCUAAGGCUCUGACAACAACCCCCCCCUGGCCACUCCCCCUGGCAAAGAUCCUGCUUCCCCAGGGGAAGGCACGUUACGGCAUCCCAGGCAGAACCUGGACUCCAUGUCUGGACGGGACGAGGAGAUCCUGAGUCUGGUUGGGACGUCACUCAGGCUAGGGCCUCGGCCACUGGGCGGCUAUACGCCCAUAAGUGGCGCCUCUUCUCAUCCUGGUGCUCUUCUCGGCGAGAAGACCCGCUGAGUUGCUCGAUCGGGAACGGGCUGUCCCUUCCUCAAGAGAAACUGGGGAGUAACCUCUCCCCCUCCACACUGGGAGUGUAUGUAGCCGCUACGGCCGCUCAUAAUGACCCAGUUGCUGGGUAGCCUCUGGGAUGGCACGACCUGGUCAUUAGGUUCCUAAGGGGCGCGAGAAGGCGACCACCUUAUCCGUGCUCCGUACCCUCUUGCGACCUAGGAGCCCCUUCGAGCCUCUCGGAGCUGCCGCUCUUUCUCACUCUCGAUAAAGACGGCUCUCUCCUGAUGGCGCUCACCUCCAAGAGGGUAGGGGACCUGCAAGCACCCUCCGUGUCCACAGAUUGCCUAGAACUCGGGCCCAGGGAUUCUCACGUUAUCUUGAGACCCCACCCCGGCUAUGUGCCCAAAGUUCCCACCACUCUCCCGAGAGACCAGGUGGUGAACCUGCAAGCGCUCCCCACCGGGGAGGAAGACCCAACCUAUCCGUGUUGUGUCCAGUACGCGCACUGCGCCUCUACUUGGACUGCACGCAGAGCCCAGAAGCUCUGAGCAGCUCUUUGUCUGUUUCGGAGGUCAGCAGAAGGGAGGGCUGUCUCCAAACAGAGGCUGGCGCACUGUGGAUGCCGUUGUUAUGGCAUACCGAUCUCAAUUCGCCCCUGCCCGUUGGGAGUGAGGCACACUCCUCAUGGGCACUGGCUCAGGGCGCCUCUCUAGCAGACAUCUGCAGAGCUGCGGGUUGGGCUAUGCCCAACAACUCUGUGAGGUUCUAAUACCUACGCGCGGAACCAGUGUCAGCCCGCGUCCUGCAUGGCAAUGUGUAGGACCGGCAGCCGGUAGGGCGUACACCUGCGAAAGCCCUUCCCCCUUCCUCUAGGGGGAUCAGCGGCUAUUACGCCUCCCCUCUUUCCCCCACUGGGUAAAGAACAGGCAUUUUAUCCAUCACUAGCACCUUCCUCGGGGCAGGCUGGGCAGAGCAGCCCUGCCCCCUUAGGCCGGGGAACACAUAGCUCUAACCGGACCUACUGCUCCAGACAUGGUAACCCCCCCUCCGUGGGCUGUUCCGUCUGAUGUAUCCUCAUGAAUGGUUCCCACCUCGGCAACCCAUGACCUCCCUAGGUGGACUCCCACCUUGCGGUUAACUCCUGCAGUCCGCACAUUUUCCCAUGAGUUCUCCCCUGAUGGUGAGACCAUCUGGUGUCUCCACUAAUUCCUCCCUACGGUAGGUAGUGGUCUCUGCAGCGUUUUUCCCCCAGGGGGGAAUAAUGCUUACCCAGUGGCCCUUACAGUGCCGGGCGGCUUCUCGCUGGUUAGAGAACUAAGGCCUCCGCCCAUGACGACCGGUGGCAGGGGCUUCCCAUCUUUUCACAAAAGCUCUGGGCCCCCUACAGUACCUCUCCACUGGACGGUCACAAUUUCGUGUUAGCGCCUACGUCUGAAUCGCCCAGGCCAGUCAACGUCGCUCCGCUAGAGAUUGUGACGCCGCUCAGUGCUGUGGCAUCUUCCAUAGGAACCCCAAUCUGUCGGUUCGACACAACGUCGAGAGACCAACAGAAAGGGAACGUCUUGGUUACGGAUGCAACCUCAGUUCCCUGAUGGAGGGAACGAGACGUUGUGUCCUUUACGCCGGCUUCCCUCUUAUACCCAGACAUCCGGGGAGGAGUCCGGCAUGCAAAUUUCAUUCGCCAAUUUUCAUUGGCCUUUUCAAAAUACUCAGAAGAUGAUAGGUUCUCAAGACGAACCCCAAUCUGUCGGUUCGACACAACGUCUCGUUCCCUCCAUCAGGGAACUGAGGUUACAUCCGUAACCAAGACGUUAUGACUGUGAUCCUUCCUACUCUACAUGUAAAGGAACUUCUAUAUUCUUGCAUGCACAUUUAUGUUAAAACUGACAGAAAAAAUUCUCUAAAGCUAUUCAAGUAAGAUAAAUCUCCACAUUAACAGCAAACUUAAAUUAAAUUUCCCUUUCAAAAAUGUACUGUGAUAUGGCACUGAAAUCAUGUACCAUGGUAUUAAUCGGGUAUGAUAGUACUUUUUUAUCAAUGGUGUAAGAUUUCCAAUGUAAUAAUAUGAUUUGCUGAGUUUACUUGCUGCUCUAGAUAGAAUCAUCAAUGAGGUCUAUGAUUUUUUCAUUUUUUAAACAAAUGUUGCGCAUGCUGCAAUAGAAUUUGAUGUAUGUCUCUUUGGUUAAAGCAUCAUCUGCUAACUUAUGUUCCAAUGCUAAUGAAUAUUUGUGUGUAAAUCAUACUGUAUACAGUAUAUCCUGUUUCUGUAACACACAAGCUGACAUCUUUCUCUGAUCGUACAUUUUUUGUGCAUAAUU